UCUUUCCCCACACACAGACUCCUUUAUCUUUCCGUCUCCCUCUGAUCCCUCUCUCUCUCUCUUCAAUUUUUCUCUGCAACUUCUCUCAUCAUCUUUCAUGUAUUGAUGUGAUCCCUCCACCCACACACUCUCCAAACAAAGAACCCAUCAAAACUUUUGCUAAAGAGAGAGGACAAGAACCAUAAAGCCAACUUGCUCUCUCUAAUUAAGAGCCAUGGUCUACUCUUCUCUUCCAAUCUAUCACCUAGAUCCACCACCCAACUGGCAUCACCAGCAGCUUGAUCAGCAGCCAGAAGGGUUUAUUCAUGCCCAGAAUUCCCCGGUUCCGCCUUCACCUCCGCCACCACCGCCUCCACCUGUCGGAGACGGUGAUUGUGGUGGCAACAAAGGCUCGACCACGAGGCCAGGAUCCAUGGCGGAUCGAGCUCGGCUAGCGAAGGUAGCACAGCCAGAAACAGCACUGAAAUGUCCGCGGUGUGAAUCCACCAACACCAAGUUCUGUUACUACAACAAUUACAGCCUCUCUCAGCCCCGCCAUUUCUGCAAGACUUGCCGGCGAUACUGGACCCGAGGCGGCUCGUUGAGGAACGUGCCGGUGGGAGGAGGUUGCAGAAGGAAGAACAAAAGAAGCAAAGGAGCUAACAUCAGGUCAUCAAAAUCUCCCAACAACAAAGUAGCAUCUACAUCAGGUUCCAUUAUUUCCAACUCUUCUGCAAGUGCAAAUAAUUCCUCAAGUAACUGUUGCCCUAAUAGCGAUCAUCAUCAUCAUCAUAACUUGAUAGGUCAUCGCUUACCGCCUCCAUUUCUCUUCCCUCCUCCUACAUCUCAUAGUUACAGUGACUACGACGUCGUUUUUGGGGCAACAAACAUCAAACAUGCUGAUGAAUUUCAAAUUGCUUGUAAUAAUAAUUCUACUAGCUCAGGUGGUAUAAUUGGAAAUAAUAAUAACAACAAUGGCUUUGUUACUACUGAGCAAUGGAAGCUACCAAGUCUUCUGCAGCAUCAUCAACAGUUUCCAGCAGCAACAUUCUUGAGUAAUUUGGAGGCACCAGUAGGGUUAUAUCAGUUUGAAAGAUCAGAGAACGUUGAGAUCCAACCUUCAAGGACAUUAUUAUAUUCUGGUGCUACUACAGUUAAAAUGGAGGAAAAUAUGGAUCAAGUUGUGGGUUUAUCCAAGAAUCUUACGGGAAACUCAGAAAAUAAUAAUCAACAAUUCUGGCAAGCAAAUAAUGGCAGCAGCGCAUGGAAAAGCAACAAUGUUUCUAUUAGUUUUGCUUCUUCUUCCACCAACCAUCUCCUGUGAGAUCUGUAUAUGCUACUCCAAAGUAUCUUAAAAUUUCCUUCUUCUUCUUCAGUAGAUCAUUAUCAUUAUCGAAGCUCUCAAUAUUCAGACUGUACAAUAUAGUAUGCACUUUCUCGUAUAUAUGUGUGUGUGUGUGUGUGUGUGUGUUGACUUUUUAAUGCAUUAUUAUUUAAGAGAUUUCAUUCCCAUAAUUGUUCUACGAAAGAACCGGACACAAGUCAGUUGUCCCUUUGGAUUGUUACUUGGGAAGAAGAAGAAGAAAAGAUGAAGGGUGAUCGAGCACAUUAUGAUAGGUGACUCUUGAAGCUACUGUUAUUGCUCCAUUAUUAUUUCUCAUUAAUGAUUUCACUUCUUUUUGGGUAUUAUCAUGCUGAGAAAUCGGCUUAUUUGUUUAUAUGAAUGUUUUUGUAUGACUUGAAAGGGUUAAGUUCUGGCAAAGAAAGGGUUAUGUUGAGUUAAUAUAUAUAUUUAUAGCUAACAGAG